AGCAAGCGUAAGAACGAAUAGCCAGAAAGUUCUAAAGGUGAAAUUUGUUAGAGAAAGAAAAAACAAUAAUAAAUAGUUUGCUUUCAUUCUAAACAAAGUAGAAGUGCAUAUACAAACACGUCGCGGGUCAAGAGUAACUUUUAAAACUAAUGCAGUUAAAACAUCUGAAUCAGCAUCACCAAUUUUAACCGUUGCCUUAGCGUUGUGAUAGUCAGCUUAGACGGAUUUUUGGUGUGCUCUGGUUCCGUAAAAAGUAAUUGUCAAACCCAAGAAUUGCCAAGCACAAAUCGUGUUUGCCAAGGAGUCAGCACAUAAACAAAUUUGUUGUGGCCUAAAAAAAAGAAAAGUACUGCGGGAAUUCGGGUUUUCCAUCUCACAUACAUACAUAUUUUCUGUCUCAUCGUCGCCAUUUUUAAUCAGUUGUUUUUUCACGGGCUACACUACAUGCAGCUCGCUCGCACAUUCUGGAGAAUCGUGUUUCAGUGUUGAAAAGCGCGUCGCAGCUGCCAUAAAAUAGCAAGACAUCGUUUUUAAUUUAAAAUACAUUAUUACGCUCAAUAUGGAAGACCUCACCAAAAACAUUAUCUUCGCAAAUGCUAUUAAUGGACAACCUGCCACAAUUCAAUACCAGACGGCGGAUGGCACCAUUCUUAAACAGCCUAAAAUCGAGGGUCAAAAAACGGAGCAGCAACCGACCUUCUACUACACGACAAAUGGUAAUGGCGGCACCGUAAAUCUCGCCCAGUUGGCUACCACGGAUGACAACAAGACGUGCUACAUAGCUCAGCCAGUGGGCGGCUACAACUAUGCUCUAGUCAAUGGAAUGCCGCUCAACCAGGGCGCAGCACUAGGAAUCGCCACAGUAGACGCUCAAGGCCGCAUCCAGAUCGUAAACCAGAACAAGCCAAUUGCAGCAAACACCAUAUCCAACAUUAGCUUCAAAUGUGACGUCUGCUCGGAUAUGUUUCCCCACCUAGCCCUGCUUAACGCCCACAAGCGGAUGCAUACAGACGGGGAGCAGCAACAGCAGCACAACACCCAGCAAGGGGGCAGCGAGUCUAUUGCUGUGGUCAGCGCUCAGGGCUUAGUCCAGGCGCAGAACAUCAUUGGCAAUGGCCAGAUGGGCCAGAUACAGAUAGUGUCUUCCGAUACUUUGGAGCCUGUGCAACAAUCUGUGAUGCAACAGCAGCAACACGAAUCCAAAGCAAGCAAGUGCAUUAACUGUGGCAGCCCCAUACUGCAGCAGUCCAAACGCAAAGGUUCAAAGCAGGUGCGUUGCGAGUCCUGCAUGCAGGCAGAACAGGCGGCGCAGCAACAACUUUUCGUGGCGCAGGACGGUCAAAUGGCGCAUCCCGUGCAGAUCAUAUCAACUACUCCCCAGGCCCAGGCACAGCUGCAACAAAUUGUAGCCGCGCAGACAGGCGGCUCGACGCCCAAGAGGGAACCGAGCGUUGGGUCUGGCCAUCACCCAGUAAAAAAAAGAAAUUCCCAGCAGAUGACCAAGUGCCAGAAGUGCAAUGGCUCCGGGGUGGUGCUGGUGGGGCAGCACUCUCACGCCGGACACAGCGGAGCUGGCGGAACGGUAAAGCAAUCGGUCACUGUCAAAACUGAGUGUUUGUCCUGCAGGAAUCCGUCAAAACCCUUCAGUUGCAAUAUUUGUGGUGGUCUUUUCUCACGCUACUCAAGUCUUUGGUCGCACAAAAAGCUUCACAGCGGCGAAAAAAACUACAAAUGCAGCAUCUGUGGACUGGCCUUUGCGAAGGCCGUUUAUUUGAAAAACCACGCGCGUAUUCACACGGGCGAAAAACCCUAUAAAUGUCAAACCUGCGGUAUGCAGUUCUCACAGUCGCCACAUCUCAAGAACCAUGAACGCACGCACAGCGGCGAACGGCCCUAUGUGUGCGGGGUGUGCGACAAAGGAUUUGCUCGCCACGCUACGCUUUGGAACCACAGGCGCAUCCACACGGGCGAGAAGCCGUACAAGUGUGAAAUUUGCGGUUCGGCUUUUUCUCAGGCUGCCCACCUUAAAAACCAUGCAAAAGUGCACUCAGGGGAAAAACCCUACAAGUGCGAGAUCUGUUCGGCUGCGUUUGCUGAUCGAUUUGCGCUUAAGCGUCAUCGCGGCAUACACCAAAAGUACGGUCAGACGGCGCCUCGUCAGACCAGUAGCGAUGGAAUGAUAGUGCACAAGCAGGAGAUUCCUGACAUGGAUGACGAAGCCCAACAGGAGGUGAUCAUCGGCGGGUUAUAGAUAAGACCAACUGGUGCAAAUCCAAAGGCGAUAGGCAACUUAGCGAAGCUAGCAGAGCAGGGCUUGUUUUCAGAAUAUGAGACAGGGGCAAAUUCUGCUCAGCCAUAUUCUGGAGGAUAUUACUACCAGUUGCCUUUACUAGCGCAAAAUCCAACACGGAACGCUGCUUUUUCUCAGAGAUAUUGAGGGGUGGACCAACGAAAAUCCAUCAUUAGUACUGAAUAACUAAGCAUCGCAUUAUUAUAACAGCAGGCUACUCUGUAGGCUUUUUGAAACAUGUGGCGCACCCCAACAGCCCUUUUUAUGUUAAAAAAACGAUUGGACAUAAUUUAUUUUGUAGCUUGUAAAAUAUACUUCAAAUUACCUUUAGUUAUUAACGCACAUAUAUGUACUAAUAAUAUGUAUAUGGCAUAGUA